UACAUGGCUGCGCCCGUGUUUUCACCUAUCCCGUGACAAGACUUGCAACUUCCGCACGAAACCGGGUGACCCAGACCACUGCACUGGGUACUAAACUGUUCCAAAAUUGACCCAUUUCUUCUCCAAAGCGUCAACAAAAUUGUGGAGGAGUAAUGAUGGGUAGUGCCUCAAGUAGUAGUACCAGCAGCAGCGAUAGCGAUGACGACGGUAGCUUUGACGUGAGUGAUGGAGAAGGGCAGAGGGUCACCUCAUCCAGUCCAGACUCAGAUGGAGGAGACAAUGCAGACUUUGACCUGUCACAGUUGUUUCAUCAUUCAAGUUUACGAGAGGCAGCAUCCAAAGUCAAGGAUUACAUUCCAGAGACGAUGCUUCAAAAACAUCACAGUCACUUACUGAGAUGGCUGGAGGAGAAAGACCAACAUCAUGAGGAGACUGUUUCCUUGUCACAGUUCUGUGAAUUUCUGAUGGCAAGAGGUGUUGGACGAGACGAAUGUGUAGAAGCAUUUGAUCAAUUUGAUGUGGAUGGUGAGGGCUGUGCCGAUGUGACCAGCAUGUUGGAAACCUUCAAGUCAUCCAAUGGAGCCAACUUUUCAGGAGAGCUGUCCUACGUUGUGCGCACACUACAGACUUGUAGCCUUACCCCAGGACUAGUGGAUGUCUAUUCUACGAACAGAGAGGGCAUAGGUCACCACGGAAAGAGGCUAAUCAAAUACAUUGUGAGGAAUCGGGCACCGAGCACCAGCUUGCCGUUCUUCUUCUUAGACAGUUUCAGUAACAUCACUUCGAUGAGGCUGCUAGUACUCAAGAAAUUUCUCAGCCAGAAACAGAAAGAAACAGCUUUGAAGGAGAUGAUACAGGACGAAGGGGGUAGCAUCAAGGCUGUCAACAAGUGUUACAAGUGGAUCCGUGUGUCCACCUCCCACAAUGGAGCCCAACUGCUUGAAGACAAUGAUCCAAGCACCUACUGGCAGUCCAACGGCCAUGCUCGCUCCCACUGGAUUCGCUUGCGGCUGAAAGAUGACGUUUGCCUGCAGCAGCUGUCUAUCAAGGUGGCCCAGUCUGACCAGAGCUACAUGCCCCAGGAGGUUGUGGUGCUGACCGGCCGAAGCCCCAACUCCCUGCACACCAUCCGAGAAGUCUCCAUCCCUAGCAGUUUGACGGGAGAUGUGACUCUGCUUGACAAUGCCCAUGUUACAGGCCCUUAUGUACAGAUCAACAUCGUCCGUUGCCAUAGUGAUGGCUGUGAUGUCAGAAUUCAUGGUGUCAAGACAGCGGGAUAUAGGUUGAUUCCAGACUCCGAGGUUUCUGUCCAAGAUGCUUCCAUCAUUUGGUAUUUCAAUAUUGUUGCCUCCACCUCAACAGUUGCCAUGGCAACAAACCCACAACUGAAACAGAUGAUCCUUAAACACACAAGGACUGCAUUAUCCCACAUGCCACCCUUGUCUCUGGCCCCCGCUAGACUUGGCCGGAAUCCCUUCCCCAGCCCACUGGUUUUGAAUCAGGCUGAGGAAUUCCUCACAUCCAUUGCAAGGAAUUCUGAUGGCACCUUGGACAUGGAGGGGAUUAAGAUUCUGUUGGAGUUGUCGCUGGCAAGGGGCAUUGUGGGCCAGGUGAUCAAGGCAUUGCAGAGUGUGCUGGAAAGCAAGGAAGACACGCUAGGGGCUGUCAAUUUACUGAAGUCGCUGAAUGCGGUUGCUGAGAAAAUGAUGAGAAAAUACGGUGCCCAGUUUUCUGUGACUGUAGCAGGAUGUGACGGUGGGGAGAAGGACAGUUUCUCUGGCCCCAGCAAAGUGCUCACCAGCAGCUGGACAAGUGACCCAUACUUGUCUGAAAAGACAAAAGUCAACAUGUUGUUUGUCAGUGAAACUCCUGUCUAUGUUACAAAGCUACAAAUCAAGGUUUGUAAAGGAGCAAUUGGACCUGCAGCAGGCUUUGUGUUUGUCUAUGAUGACAAGGAGGAGUUUGAACUGGAACGUCACCUUGCCAAUUUUGAGAAGUAUGACACCUGGACUCCCAAUGAGUAUCGUAUUCUUCAGGGACUAAGAUCUGCCGCCAUUGCUGGGAAGCCAGACAACCCCGUUGCUUUCUUCACUCUGAACAAUGACUGGGAUGAAGUGGACAUUCAGCUAGAUGAGAUCACCCUCGGCCGCUACAUCCUGGUCAAGUUCCUGAGACCGAGAGACCCUGUCAAUGCAGAGAGGCUUGGAAUCCUGGGCAUCAGGUUCUAUGGCCAUGUUGCCAAUUCGGCUGUCAUGGACAAUACAAUCAAGUUGCUGAUUUCACCACUUCCAUUUGACCAGGAUGUCCCAGUCCCUUCUGCCGAACUGUGCAUCAGAGUACUUCAUUUCAUUGUUAGGAUGUCAAAAUAUCAGGAAAUAAAGAAAGGUGAGAAUUCCAAUUCUAAAGUGGGUGCCCUGGACAUGCAGUCAUUGUCACUGGAUCUACUCAGCAAGUUCUACUACUCUGUACCGACCACGACUCCCCAGUGGACAUUGGUUCGAAUGCUGACCCUCAAGCUGCUACACGCCAGCUAUGCCCACAUCAUGAGCAAGCUGGACAGCGAGACGGCCAAACUCAAACUGAAGAAGGUCGUCACCCAGGCCCUCAAGGGAGCAGUGGCCACAGUGCAGAAGGAGACUGCCAAACCAGAUUGGUUGGUCCAGUGGGAGGAAUGCAGCCAGGUCAUGUUCAUUCAUCUCUGUGACUUGGUCAACAAGGAGACCCCAGCCGAAGGCCCUGAGUUGCUGCUGCAGGAGGCGGCCAAGGAAGCCAUCCUCGAUGGAGCUGCUGUCUUCUUCCCAGACAAAGAGAAGCGGAAGAAAGAACUGUUUCAUCUCCUGGAUAUACUGAGUAGCAACGUGGAACCAGCUACUAACCUGGUAUUCCAGUCUUUGUGUCACCACUUCGGAAGCGUUGACACAAGCGGUCUACUCAGUCUACCCUCCAACCCAACGGAGGAGAACUUUGAUGCCCAAGCAAUCUUCAGUGUCUUUGGAACUCUGCAGUCUGUUGUGUACAAGGAGUUUGAAUCUAGUCUGAGGAAUCCAGCAGGGCUGCCCAAGAGCCAGUCAUACGUCAGCAAACUUCUGGGUGCUCUACUGGCAAGUCUCAUUGCCUGGUGCAAAGAUCUACUGCAGGCAAAGACGCCAAACCCACAGCACAUCAAGCUAGCUCAGGAUGCUAUAAUCAAGUACACCAGCAUGCAAUGUACCAAAAGUGUCAGUGCCCUCAACCUUCUACAUGAGCAUCUCGCUCAACGACAGGAUGAGCUUAGGCAACUAGAGGACACCGUCAAGUUCAAAGGUGAAAUGAAAUGUGAGGAGAAACUGCCCAAGAAAGACAAGGAGGAAGUGCAGAAUGAAGACGACAAAGACCAACCUGGCAAGGACAGAAGGACAGAUAGUGGUGAGAUGCAGCAGCUGGAGCUCUUUGAGGAGCUGACAGCAAUGGCAAACGAUGACAGGACUAAACAGCAACAGCCAACGCCACAAACUGUGGAAGGUGUGGAGAAAUCUGACGCCACAAAGCAAGAGGUAGAUGAGCAGGAGAAAAAAGCACUAGCACAAACUAAAGACAGUGUCAGUGAGCAGCAGCAGCAGCAAGUCCUGACAGAUGUUGAUAAUGCAGCAAAGAAGGCUGACACACAGCAAGAAAAGCUAGAACCGCCGAAGGCCUCAGUGAAAGACGCUGCCUUGAAUGGGGCUGCUGCGGAGGAGCAAGAGGGGCAGCAACAGCAACAGGGUCAACAACAGCAGCAGCAAGGAGAGGCAGUCGGCGACAGUGACAGCAAAGGGGAGCCCAAUGGGAAGCUUGGACUUGAAGAGCUGCAGAUUGUAGUCGAUCAGCAGCAGCAAGGAAUCGAGCUACAGCUGCCACAGCGCCUGCUUGAGCUGAAACAGCAGCGGCAGAAGCUUAUCGAUGCGCUGCAGCAUAGCUUCGUUGGAACAAUAAUGAGGCAACUGACUCUGAUGUUGAUACUUCUCAGUGAGAAGUGUUUGCCCCAGGUUAUUUUGGGUGACAUGGUGCAAGUCUCUGUUGCAGUCAAACAGCUUCAAGAACUCCUGGGACAUGAUUUCAAAGAGAGUCUCCUGGAUGAUACCAAGGAAGACACAGCCAAGAAGGAAAAGGAGAAGGUGAUCCUGCGCAAGUGGGAGGUGGAGUCUGCCCACAAGUACCCCCACAACCAACACACCAUCCAGGUCUUCAACUGCCUGGGGGCACAGGUCUUCCGGGUGGACUUUGAUUCCCGCUGUGAAACAGAGUUAAGGUAUGAUUACCUGGAAUUCACCGACUCCUUUGGCAAGAAGACUGUCUACGAUCAGAAAGUUGGCUCUGAGAAGUGGCCACUCUCUCACACCUUCAAGUCGCCACACCGCCUGCAGUUUCUCUUCCACUCGGACAGCAGCAACAAUGAGUGGGGCUACAAAUUCACCGUGACUGCUUUAGGGACCCGUGACGUUCAGUUUUCCUGGUUGUAUGACCUUCAGCUCAGUUUAGCCAGACUGCAAGGAAAGAUCUGCUCUCCAUUUCUCAAUCCUCCCAAAUCCAAGUCAGAGCCGAGUCCAGCCACCGAAUCAGAUCAGGAGCAGAGCCUGAAGGCAGCCGCCGAGAAUCUGCUCAAGGGGGAGCUCUGGACAACUCUCUUUAGAGGAGGUCACGAGGUUGCAAGGCUCACCCGUUCCUUCUCUGGCAUCCAUACAACCGAGCCCAUUGAGUCUGUGAUCAAUGAUUUUCUGAGUGGAGUUGCAAACAACUGCCCUGGUGCACCAUCUGUGUUCAUUACCAAGUGCCAGGCACUCUACCACAUGCCCUCAGUAGGUGGGGAUCUCGUCAACAGCGCCGUUUUGUCUGUGUUUGCUGCCCUCUUGUGGCACUCGCAGGAGCUUCGAGACACAAUUCCUAUCUAUAUUGAAGCUGAUUCUUUGUCCAAGCCAAGUGAUGGCAUAAUCCAAGCGUUCAGAACGGCUGAGGGUCUCAGACCACUCCUCAUUGACCUGCGACAGAAGCAGCUAGCAGCCCAGGAGAAGGACCCCAAAUCAGGAAGCUCAGAGGGUGAACCCAUUGGAGUGGUUCGAGAAAAGGCAAGAUUUCUGCUUCAGUUUGCUGGGUUGACUAAACUGCAAAAGAAAGUGGAGCUGCAGCGUAGGCGCAGUGACCUCUAUACAAGGAGUAAGUCGCUUGAGAGCAGAGCUCUGAAGGAACGGCAGACCUCUGCUGAGAUGAAUGCCGCCUUCCAGGGCACAGCUGAGGAAGGCACAGUGCUGAGCCAGUAUCCCGAGUUCAAACUGGUGCUAGACUUUGUUAAAAACCCUCACCUCACGGUGGAAAGGGUACGAGGCCUGCUUAAAGAGCGACAGGAACGGGCCAAGGCAGUGGCCGACAUCUACCAGUUUGCCUGUCGGUUCCUGAAAGCCAGUGGCAAGCCCACCAUCUUCCAGUCAGACUGUUUGCAGUUCCUGAAAGAAAUGCUGCUCACAAAAUCCAUCGGAGAAAUGCACUAUGCAAGUGGAUUAGAUGGCUGUGGACUGGAAUUGGAGGCCAGGCUGCGUGGCUCCUUCUACCUCCUGGUGCAGAGUCUAGUUGAGGCCAUUGAAAACUUUGACUGCACUGACCAGUCAGAGGAGGUUGAGACCGGAUAUUCUUGUAUGGAGGCAUGUCUUCUUCACCUACUCGAUGUGGACUGGCAACCUUAUGACUUGAAGUUUCUGUGUGACAUCAAAGCACCCUCGCUGCUGCUAAACAUCUCAAAAAGGAAUGUAAGCUUCCAUGACAAGCUCCCUAGUGUGGCUGACGAAGCUGAGCAGCUGGAGGUCCACAGGCAAUGCAUGGCGUGGUUCAAGCAAUUCCGGGAUAACUCCAAUAAUGGCUUCUCAAGAUGGUUCAAUGAUAUCGAGAAGCAGGACACGCUGGAGAAGAGACGAGCCAUGCACAUGUUUGUCGCUCGUUACUGUAGUCUACUGCCUACGAUUUAUAUGGUUUGCGACGGUUGCCAGGCGCGGUUACCAGGAGCCCAUUUUCAUUGUCUGGAGUGCAAAGCCUUUGACUUCUGUCGUUCUUGCUUCUAUGGUGGUGUACAGGUUGAGGGCCAUAGGGAUGACCAUGCCAUGGUGGAUUUCAGGUAUAACUGUGAUUUCUGCCACGGCUUCAUCGUCGGUACUCGUAUCCACUGUAACAUCUGUGAAGACUUUGACCUGUGCUAUGGCUGUCAUCACGCGCAGGAUUUCCCUGAAGGGCACACCGCUUCACAUAGUGUGGAGGUCAUUCCCAUGAAGAUUGUCAGCUCGGGCAUGCAGCAGGGCCCGUUACUGGAGACCUACAGCCACAACCAUGCCUGGCUGCUGUUCAGUUCUCUAGCUCUCUCUCUUGCCGAUAUGAUGCAUGCUGCGCAGAGUCGAGUGGUUAAUCAAGAGUAUGGUCAUACUGCAAGUAAGCUGUUCCAGCAGUGUAUUGAGCUUGCUACCAAAUGCCUACCAAGUGUUGCCCAGACCUCCUCUUUGGAGAGCAAAAAAGAUGAGAAAGAAACCGGGAAAGCUUCAGACAAGGAAGUUGAGGAGGCACCAUCUGAAAUAAAAGAAGGGGAAGACUCUGAAGUGACUGAAUCGACAGAGGAAGACAAGAACAAGUUACGUGAAAAGGCCUUUGUAAGCAACUCUCAGGAAAAAGUGCUUGGGUUGCUAGGGGCUAUGCUACUGGAAAACACACGGCUCGACAGCUCCCCAGUGCGGCAACUUUACACCAAGGAACUUCACAUCGGAACAAUCUUGCCUCUUUUGCUGAAAUUAGCCAAAGAACCAAAUAACCUAGAUAGCAAUAAGACCCAGCACCAAAUUGUUGCCCUGCUGGGCCAACUUCUUCCCCACAUCCCACCCAACGAAGCUGACAGAGUCAUCCAACGAUCAGAAGUGCUCAUCACAAUGCAAGAAGCGGAUGGGAGCGGCAGUGUUGCAGCAUCCCAAGGAACAAAAGAUGAGGAUGCCCUCAAGAUGGAUGAAGAGGAGACAAGCAAAGCGAGUAAGGAGGAAAAGAUGGAAGGAGCCUUGACCGUAGAUUUUCUGUUUGAUCUCGGAGCAUCAUGCCUGGAAAAGAGCGGUCUUGAGUGGACGUCCCUGAUGGCCAGUAUUUUACAGCGUCUUUGUCUGGUGCCGUCUUGGCAGGCUGUUGUCGCCCAGAAGAUCAGUAACAUCAUCCAGUGCCUCCCUAAACAGUGUCCGCUGCCCUGCAUUUUCACCUUGUUUGUGGUGGCUGGCUUUCCCGAGGUUCUGUGCCUUGGAAGUGCUGUGAAGUACGUAGAGACAGUUGGGGAGCAAGCUAGUGUGAUCGUCACCAAACACUUGGUGGAGAAAAACAAGGCGUUUGUAACUGACAUCAGAACGAGGAAAAAGAAACAGGUUAAGGAUUACAAGCUGGUUGUGGAUGAGGAGUUGGGGCAGAGUCUGAAACCAGACCAGUUCUCCUUCUUCAUCUCUGUUACCAAGGAUAUUCUGACGCAAAGAAAAGAGGGGGUGGAGCACAGCGUGGAGACAGUCUGGGUGUUGUAUCUGAUCAUGAAGACCAUCCUCACAAAUAUUAAGAGGCAAGAUCCUCACUUUGUAAGAUUGGGGAGCAGUGGUGCUGAUGGUAGACUGGAGCUUCUGAACAGUGACCUAAUACCCCUGCUUGUACAUCUGGCAAGUCAGGCAACCAAACUCAGCCGACAGUGGAUCCUUAGGGAUUUGGAGAUCCUGUCCAUUCGACUCUACGCCUAUGGCAAGUCAGGAUUUACAACAGUCUCGGCCGGAACCGAUCUCCCCACUGCCUUUAUGGACAGUGACCAGCUAACAACCCCAGAUGAUGGUGAUGAAGGCGAUAAAGACACCAGCGAUGACGAUAGUGAUGACAGUGACAACGACUCCUACUCCACCCUCCACUCUUCAUCUACUCUUUCGAACUCCAGCGGUUCGGGUUAUGCCACACCGGAUGACAUACCCUCCGCCUCUGGCUCUCCACGGAGGAUCUCGGCAUCUUCCACUUCAUCCCAGGGGGGCCUGGAUCCCCUGGAGGGACUAGAGGAUAAAGCCAAAAUCUUUAUCAGUGUGACCAAUGAUGCCUUUCAGACCCCACUCCCAAUACUGAGAGCAAUCUAUGAGAAGUCUGGUCACAGCCUCGAGGCUAUGGAGGCCAAGAUACACGAGUGGUUUCUGGACGAUGAUGCACCGGGCGUGAGCAGUGAGGUCAAAGAGUUGGCAAAGCAAUGGGAAAUUAGAAACACUGGCGAGAAGCCGUCACGUUUGGACCUCAAGUCAGUGGACUCUGGAGUAGUCUCGUUCAGUGCGUCCAGCUCACUGCCGAAGCCGGCUGUCACUCCUAAACAAGCAGAACCGGAGCCUUGUGUGGAUGGCUCGUUGAAACUCAUUGCGAGUUCUGAGAAGUCACUACGAGAGAACUACCAGAAGCAGCAGAGGUCUCGGAGUGCUGCCUUGCUGAAGAAAGAGCUGCACUCCAUGGACAAGAUGCCUUCCAGGGAACACCUGCACAAAGUUAACUAUGCAAUAUCCAUCAUGUAUGCGCGGCACCUGCUGGCAGCACUGCUUGCUGACUGGCCGUCAGGCCGUGUCAUCAGUACAUCCACCUUAGGCUGCACGGAGCCUGCUCAGAUUGUCAGCAUGUUGGAUCUGCUCCAACGAGGAGAAGAGAAGGAAAUCCUCAACAAGGUCGUAUGCAACAUUGUCAGCCACUGUGAGCCAGAGCUGUUGGCUCCCCUCACUGUGGCAGCCUGUACCUUUAUGGAGGAGGCCAGCAUGGCACCAGUCACUAAGGAGUCACUACACAAAUACAAGAACAACACAGAGGAAGAGGAUCAGGUGAUGAUACGUGGCGCCACUUACCUGAGCAUCAGGUUCGACGAGCGAUGCAGCACCGAGAGCGAAUGUGAUAUCCUGACCUUUGCCUCGGACCCAAACUUUAAGCAUGACAAGCACGAGUUCAGCGGAGGCCGAGAGAAUUGGACGGACUUUGAGAUGCAAGGAGAUGUGCUUCAUUAUAAGUUUGUAUCUGAUCGUAGCAACAAUGACUGGGGCUACAAGUUCACAGUUAUUGGCAAUAGGCUGGGAAGAUUUGACACUGGCUACCUCAUUCUAAACACGGUGCUGUCAAAAGAAGAACUCACCAGGCACAUUGCCCUGAAGGAGCUGUGGGCGUGGCUGGUACACGUAGCCUGUCGGCAGACGGCUCAGUACAGACUCAAGACAGUCCAGAUACUCCUACAAGUUCUGCACACUCUCACAAGUGCCAAAUUAGUGAACGAGUCGGCGACCAUCGACGUGGCAACAGCCCCUGACCUGGGUCUUCUGAAACCCUUACUGAGGUUGCUGGACUCUAUGAAUGAGAAGCUGGUGCCAGACGCAGCAUACACCACGCUACCGCCGUUACAGCGAGCUCUUACCGAGCUGUUCAUGCAAGCCGAGAACCUUGCUCUCGAGUGGGGAAUUCACCAGGAGUAUGCCUUGGCCAUGAUGGAUGAAAAGAGUCUCUUAGCCGCCAUUGUUCAGGGAGUUCAAAAUGUGGCAGCUUUAGGUAUUGCUAUUGGCCUUCCUAAUAAAGCAACCAAGGAAUGGCAGAAACUGAAGUCUUCAUCCACAACAGUAGGCGUGUGAAGAUGAGUGAAAAGUGUUAAAAAGAUGCACUUUGCUGUGGCUUAAAAGGUUAAGUUGCUUUCAUAUCUCAUUUUUAACUUAUCCCCUCCAAUCACAUACUAAUAGAAGCGUUGAAUAUUCUGACAAAUGUGAUCAUGCUGGAUGAAAAAAGGCUGUCUAUUCAUGUUGAUUUUCACAAUGCAAGCUAUUCUGGACAGCUUUGUCUCAAAAAAUGAGAAACCCUGACUUGGACACCUUCUGUCUUAGUCUGUGGUACUGAAUUAAUGAGGUUACACUUCCAUCAAUGUAACCUAUCCACUGCGACUGCACACACCCCACAUCAUCUGGCACAGCAUCUGAGUAUUUGGCUGUUACGAACUUUGGUUGGAUGUUAAAAAUUCUUUGUAGGCUUAUAGUGAGAUUUUUACAAAUUGUCUAUGUUCCGGGCUUUCUUGAGAUGUGAGGCUUUUUCGAACUGAGCAGAAAUGUUUGAAUCACGAGUCAACAUGCUUUUUUCAACUAGCAAUUUUAUUUUUAAGACAAACCAGCAGUGCUUUAGUCUGUAACAAAAGCCUCAAAAAGAUAAAAUUGGUCAUGGUCAGGUAUGCCGAAAAUUUAUACCCAAAUAUAAUUAUAAGCCCAAAAUAAAGACUUGAUUUGUUGGCUUUUAUUAGUUGUAAUUGCUUCCUUAACCCUCACUCUUUUCAAAUUUCAAAUCCUUUGAAGUGCACAUGGAUAUUUGGAAGGUUUUACUUCCUUUUUAAGGGGAGGGGGUUCUGGAGGUGGAAACGAGCUGUUAUUGAUCUACAUUUUCUUGAUUCCUACGGAAUGUUCCAGCACAAAGAAUGUGCCAUUGUAUUUCUACAUAGUGGUAGACUUUGGAGGAGUCAAAGGUGUCUAAGCAGAUGUUAGGCACAGUGUUCAAGGCAUCAAAGGAAGGGGGAAAAUAUGGCCUACGCAAAAUGUCACGUGAAUGUCCAAAAUCCAGAUAUUCUCGUACGAUGUGCAUAUAGACUAGGUUUUGUAUGGUAGCCAUCUUGCAGGGCAGUUCUUUUGUUCCACAGGGAAACCUCCUGUGUGCAUACCCUGUGGAGCAAACGAACUGUCCUGUUAGAUGGCUAUCACGUAAAGCCUCAAUUGUUUGAUAAAAAAAGUGUUAAAAUGCCAUACCUGCCUUAUAACACCAUAGUCGACAAUGAAAAUUAAUUUGCUUGUGUCAAGUAUAUUUACCCAUUAUGCUAGCCAUUAUAUUGCCCCUGCAAUAGCUUGAUAAUAUUUAAAGUUUUUGCUCAUUCUUGAAGAUACACGUACAAUACUUCCUUCAAGGUUUUUCGAUCAUAUAAUAGCAGAUAUUUAGUUCGCUCCAUAUUAUAAAACAAGUUCUCAGCUGACAGAAUGGAUUGUUUAAAUUUGGAGUAUUCAUUUCUCAAGUCUUCUUGUAAGACUAAAUGCAUGUUUUGUAAUAUUUCAUUUUUCUCAAACAUUAAAACAUGUGUCUGAUGUAUAUUAUAUAUCAAAUUGAUUUUUUUGUGGAUGAAAGAAUGGUUGUCUGAUGAGUAACUGGUGCAAGGUGUGUAAAAAUUAAAGUGUCUUUGAUUUCUACAUAUUCAGAAGUUUUAUUUUUCCCUGUACAUAGACAAUUUAAGAUGACCAUGUAAGAAAUCUGAUUAUUUCGGUUAUUUUAGUUAAAUCGUAGUGGUUUAAUUAUUUAAGCGGCAAUGGAGGGAUGUUAAAACAAUGAAAUUCUGGAUAUUUUGGCAGUGUCUGGUAAUUUUUCUCUUUUUUUCAUUUUUGAGGGGACAUGAUUUUCUUAAAAUGACUGUCCAAAUUUUUCAUUGGUCGAAGAAUCCUCAGCCCCCCCUCCCCAAGGUAGCACCAUUCCUGCAAAUCUGCGCUUUCAAUUUCUGAAGAAAAAAAAAUGGGGGGGGUGCCCCAUCCUUCUGGAUAUAUCACUGUUACAUAUCAAACCCACAAACCUAUCAAGUUAGCAAGAACAGGUUAGUGGGCAAAAUGUUCACUGUUUUGGGGGUUGAUUGUACUUGAUACUUUGUGGAAUUUUCUCCUGAAAUCUCCACUAGGGAGAUUAACAGGGAGGCUUUCAGUUCAGUUAGUUCAUUACCAGCUCUGUUGAAAUUAUUGGGUAUAAUUAUGUCCAAUUCUCAGUUGGGUAUAAUUAUGCCCAAUGCUCUUUCUGCCUGAAAAGAGUCAGCCCUGAAGAAGUGAUGAAACAAAUAAAGUUCCCCUGAAAAAGACAUUUGAAAAACCUGGAAGAAUUAGCCGAUGAUGUCAACGUUUUGAAAGUGGCCACUUGGUAAUAGGGUUCUCACAGUCUUGAAUUUAAUCAGCCUAGAAAUGGCUUGUUUGGGAAAAGAAAGUUGAAUCGUGUGCAUAAUCUUGGCUCUCUUUUCUACAUAUACAUGGGGAAAUAGGCAUGGUUGAAAAUUGCGGAACUGGAUAGGGUAUAUAUGUACUUUUCAUUGUUUAAUAGUUGAAGUAAUUUAGGAAUUUGAAUUUCUGUUUUAAUAUCUUUACCAAUUAUGUAAUCCAAUCAGACUCUGCUUCUGGGCAACCAGACUGAAUACUUAUGAAAUGCUUACUGGAAAUAUUCUUGGAUGCUGUUUAACCAUUACUUGCUACAAACUUGUGAAAAUUUGGAAAAUUCAUGGAUUUACGCUUAACUUGAAUGAUGGUGCAUCUUGUAUAAUAUGAAAACAGCAUGUUGCUGGUUUCAGCAGAAAAUGCUUACAAGUAUGAACACAUCACAUGAAAAUUCAAAGCAAGUGCAACAGCCAGCUGUUCUUGUUAUCCGUAAUUUAAUAAACCUGGACAGUAUGAAAUAAUUGAA